GGCUUCAGGAUUGGUAGAACCUGUCAUCCCUCAUGACGUGGCAGUUGAGUUUGAUUCGCUAGUUGUAGACUCUUUAUGAUUAACCGUUUUGCUUUGGGACUGCGGAGUCUCGCAAUGUCUGCUAUGCAAAAGCCAGAGGUAGUUUUCGUCCUCGGAGGACCUGGGGCCGGCAAGGGCACUAUAUGCAAAAAGAUAGUCAAAAAAUUUGGUUAUGUUCAUCUAUCAGCCGGUGAUCUUCUAAGAGAGGAACGUGAGAGACCUGGCUCAGAAUUUGGGGAUUUGAUUGAAAACCACAUUGUAAAUGGUACCAUAGUACCUGUUGAGAUAACAUGCAACCUCCUGGAUCGUGCCAUGCAAGAGUCCAAGGAUAGGUCUUCUAAAUUCCUCAUCGAUGGAUUUCCUAGGAAUCAGGAUAAUGUCGAAGGAUGGAAGAAGACAAUGUCUGAUAAGGCAACUGUUAAAGGUGUUUUGUUCCUGGAUUGCAAUGAGCAAAUAUGUACACAGCGCUGCUUAGCCCGAGGUCAGGCUGGCAGUGGAAGAACUGACGAUAAUGAGGAAUGUCUUCGAAAGAGGCAUCAGACUUAUGUGACUAUGACAAUGCCUAUUAUUCAAUAUUAUGAGAAGUUAGGACUUGUGUAUAAGGUAGAUGCAUCACGAUAUGUUAAUAAAGUCUGGCAAGAUGUCCAAAAAAUAAUAGAAGAAAUUGGAUAGUCAAAUAAUAUAUAGGCUAUAAGAUUGAUUUGUUUUAUGCAAUCACAGAAAUUAGGUACGCAAUCAAAUGGAUAUUUUCAUUAAUUUAACAAUGAAGUCCAUAUAUUAUAAUUUUUGGUUUUAUAUUGGUUCUCUGUGACAUACCUAUAUGUAUGACAGAAUAAUUAAGCUGAAGGUAUUAUGUACACUUUUACUGACAGUGUCACGAUAUUAUUUCAUUUUGUUAAACAUUUAUUAAUCACGUAUAUAAUUAUCACCCCAUGUCUAGGUAUAUAUACAAUUCUAUACAGUAUACUUUACAGGCAUAGACGGCUUAUGAAAUAUGCACUAUAUACAAAACCAGCAUUCCUUGGUUAGCAUAAACCUUGUUUGACAUCUUAGAGUAUCUUGUAUCUUAUAUAUUCACAAAUAAAUAAAAAAAUGCAAUAUAUUAAAUA